AUGGAAAUCAAAGAAGAAGGAACAUCAGAGGAAGGCCAGCACUUUCUUCCCACUGCCCAGGAAAAUGAUACUGGGGACUUCCAGUUCACGAGUAUUCAGAAGACCCCAAAUGAACCACAGUUGGAAUUCAUCCUUGCAUGCAAGGAUCUUGUGGCUCCUGUCCGUGAUCGGAAGCUGAAUACACUGGUACAGAUCUCAGUAAUUCACCCCGCCGAGCAGAGUCUGACAAGAUACUCAAGCACGGAAAUUGUGGAGGGAACAAGAGACCCACUGUUUCUGACUGGUGUCACAUUCCCAUCUGAGUACCCCAUCUAUGAGGAGACCAAAAUAAAACUAACAGUCUAUGAUGUCAAGGAUAAGUCUCAUGACACUGUCCGAACCAGUGUCUUACCUGAACAUAAGGAUCCCCCACCAGAGGUUGGGCGAAGCUUCUUGGGCUAUGCCAGUUUUAAAGUCGGGGAGCUUUUAAAGUCAAAGGAGCAACUGCUGGCCCUGAGCUUGAGAACUUCAGAUGGUGGCAAAGUUGUUGGCACCAUAGAAGUCAGUGUCAUGAAGACGGGAGAGAUAGAAGAUUGGGGAACUGACCAUAUCACGACAGAUGUGCAGGGACAAAAGUGUGCAUUGGUAUAUGAAUGUACAGCCCCAGAAAGUGUGAGCGGAAAAGAUAACUUACCUUUUUUGAAUGCAGUGUUAAAGAAUCCAGUGUGUAAAUUAUAUAGAUUUCCUACCUCUGAUAAUAAGUGGAUGCGAAUCCGGGAGCAGAUGUCAGAGAGCAUACUUUCUUUUCAUAUUCCUAAGGAAUUGAUCUCCCUUCACAUAAAAGAAGACUUGUGUCGAAACCAGGAAAUAAAGGAACUUGGUGAGCUUGCUCCACACUGGGACAAUCUAAGGAAAAAUGUCCUUAGUCACUGUGAUCAAAUGGUGAAUAUGUACCAAGACAUUCUGACAGAACUGAGCAAGGAAACAGGGUCCUCUUUCAAAUCAAGCAGCAGCAAAGGAGAGAAAACAUUAGAAUUUGUUCCAGUAAAUUUACAUCUACAAAGAAUGCACGUGCACCGCCCUCACUUGAAAGAUGCCCUCUAUGAUGUCAUCACUGUGGGAGCCCCAGCUGCCCAUUUUCAGGGAUUUAAGAAUGGUGGUCUUCGGAAACUACUCCAUAGAUUUGAAACAGAAAGAAGAAAUACUGAAUACCAGUUUAUUUACUAUUCACCUGAAAACACAGCCAAAGCAAAAGAAGUUCUCAGCAACAUCAAUCAACUACAACCUCUUAUAGCAACCCAUGCAGACUUACUGCUUAAUUCUGCAAGCCAGCAUUCUCCAGACAGCUUGAAGAAUUCUUUAAAGAUGCUUUCCGAAAAAACAGAGCUUUUUGUACAUGCCUUCAAGGAUCAGCUGGUCAGGAGUGCUCUUUUAGCACUCUACACUGCCAGGCCAGGUGGCGUCCUUAAGAAACCACCCACUCCUAAAAGCAGCAUUGAGGACAGCAGUUCCCAGGACCAACCCCCACCAAUGAGAAGGCAGGACUCCAUACCACAUCAUUCAGACUAUGAUGAGGAAGAGUGGGAUAGGGUGUGGGCCAGUGUGGGGAAGAGCCUGAACUGCAUUAUUGCCAUGGUGGAUAGACUAAUUGAAGGAGAUGGUUGUAGUGAAGGCAGUGGCGGCAGCAACAAAGAUGAAGAAAAGGACCCUUCUCAAGCAAACUCCAUCAUAUCUCACCCAAGAGAGAACUGGUAUGAACAGUUAUAUCCCCUCAUCCUUACCCUGAAGGACUGCAUGGGAGAAGUGGUGAACCGAGCUAAGCAGUCGCUGACAUUUGUGCUCCUUCAGGAACUUGCCUACAGCUUGCCUCAGUGUUUGAUGCUGACCCUAAGAAGAGACAUUGUCUUCAGUCAAGCACUUGCUGGAUUGGUCUGUGGCUUUAUCAUCAAAUUACAUACAAGUUUUCAGGACCCUGGCUUCUUAGAGCAGCUUCACACAGUCGGAUUGAUAGUACAAUAUGAAGGACUGCUAAGUACAUACAGUGAUGAAAUUGGAAUGCUAGAGGACAUGGCUGUUGGCAUUUCAGAUUUGAAGAAAGUAGCAUUUAAAAUAAUUGAAGCCAAAUCUAAUGAUGUCUUACCAGUUAUAACAGGAAGACGAGAACAUUAUGUGGUAGAGGUCAAACUUCCGGCUACAGUAUUUGAGUCGCUGCCUCUUCAGAUUAAAGAAGGACAAUUGCUUCAUGUAUACCCAGUACUUUUUAAUGUUGGAAUCAAUGAACAGCAAACUCUUGCUGAGAGGUUUGGAGAUGUCUCUUUGCAAGAAAGUAUAAAUCAGGAAAACUUUGAACUUCUAAAAGAAUACUACAAGAUGUUUAUGGAAAAGAUGCCUCCUGAUUAUAUUUCCCAUUUUCAAGAACAAGAUGACUUAAAGGGAUUACUAGAAAAUCUCCAUCAAAAUAUUCAAGCCAAAAAAAGAAAGAAUGUAGAAAUCAUGUGGCUGGCUGCAACGAUUUGCCGCAAACUAAAUGGCAUUCGUUUCACCUGCUGUAAAAGUGCCAAAGACAGGACAUCAAUGUCAGUAACACUUGAACAGUGUUCAAUUUUGAGAGAUGAGCACCAGUUGCACAAGGACUUCUUUAUCCGGGCCCUGGAUUGCAUGCGAAGAUGGACUCACGCCCACCAGCACAAGAUAGGCUCCCUGUUCCCAGCAAGGAAUGUCGUGGAACACCCUAAAGGGGAAUGCUUCUUAUCUGGCAUGUCAUUAGCUUCCACUUUCCUUUUAAUAUCUGCAGGCUUUCAGUGGGGACAGGUGAAGUUUGCCUGCAUUCAUUCUAUGUCUGUAUGUUUCCCACUAAUGAGAGGUUUCUGA